CAGCUCGAUAAUCUGUUGGGAUUUGGCGGCUGGCGUUCAAGUGAUGGCUGCCUACUCAAUCCGCUGCUAUUUCCACGGCGCUAAAAGGACAAGUUCAUGCGCAGGGCAGGUGAGACAAGAGAUGCAAACGGCCUGCCAACAAGACCGGUCGACUCCUUUCACCAGACUUGUCAGUAGUGAGGAUCGCAAGCUCGUGUACGUAGGAGAUCACGAAGCUCGUACUUGCUAAGUGGAUCAUCCAAGUGGCUCCAGGCAGAAGCAGUGCAAGGUCCUCCCAUCCUUGGCUCCAGAACGUGACGCCUUCAGCUACUACAUACACGAUGGGGCGCGGUCUGUGCAGCCCAUCUGGCCACCCUGGUCCCUCGUGGCUGCGGCUGCUCCACAAGACGUCUCGGCCUCCGUGGAAGGGAAGGCUUGGAAUAAAUGAGCUCGCCACGCAAACGAUCUCACGGACAUGCGAUUCGGAAGCAGAAGCUGAGCUCCAGCAGUGAAACACGAAGCCGUGGCGAAUAAUGAAUCAUGCUGCAUGUCUGUGACGUGCUGCAAGAUCUUGCUCGGUCGUCUCGAGUGACCCAUCCACUUCACUGUCAGCGCGUCCGCGGCCUCUUCCUCUCUGUGACACCUGCAGUAGUUACUCGGCGCCUACUCCGCUGUCGAGAGCUUCAGCGCAUGCGCUGCGCUAUGCUUUGAUCGAUUCGUUAUGCACAGGACUCUAGACCAUGGCUAGCAGCACAAGACGCAUGCAAUCAUGAUGAGACAAUGCGUGAGCGUCCGACUUGAUGCCGCUUGUUCCUCGCAGUUCUCGAAGACGCGCGCUUGCGUUUUGUUGGUGAGAGUGGAGUCAUUAUUGUUCUGCCACGACAGUCUACAGAGAUACCAACCCUGAAAGAUCGGUUAAGAAUGCUUUUCUCGCGAAUAUCUACCUUGGACUUAUAAGCACUGAUUCGCUCAAUACCGUCUCAGAAUUUUCACAAGUUUCAUUC